AUGCCUCAUAUCGACAAUGACAUGAAACUGAACUUCAAGGAUGUCCUUUCGAGGCCAAACUGCAGCACCCUUAAGUCUCGAAGUGAGGUGAAUCUCACAAGAUCCUUUUCAUUUCGGAAUGCAAAGCAGAUGUACACUGGCAUCCUUAUCAUUGCUGCUAAUAUGGAUACUGUGGGUACCUUCGAAAUGGCCAAGUUCUCCCUCUUCACUGCUGUCCAUAAACAUUAUAGCCUUCAUCAGUGGCAAGAGUUUGCGGGCCAGAAUCCUGAUUAUCUUGAGUAUCUGGCUGCCAGCUCAGGGACAGGCUCUUCUGACUUUGAGCAACUGGAACAGAUCCUGGAAGCUAUUCCCCAGGUGAAAUACAUAUGCCUAGAUGUGGCAAAUGGCUACUCUGAACACUUUGUUGAAUUUGUAAAGAAUGUACGGAAGCGCUUCCCUCAACACACCAUCAUGGCAGGGAAUGUGGUAACAAGAGAGAUGGUGGAAGAGUUGAUCCUCUCUGGGGCUAACAUCAUCAAAGUGGGUAUUGGGCCAGGCUCUGUGUGUACAACUUGGAAGAAAACUGGAGUUGGGUAUCCACAUCUUAGUGCAAUGAUGGAGUGUGCAGAUGCUGCUCAUGGCCUCAAAGGUCACAUCAUUUCAGAUGGAGGUUGUAGCUGUCCUGGGGAUGUGGCCAAAGCUUUUGGGGGAGGGGCUGACCUUGUGAUGCUGGGUGGCAUGCUGGCUGGGCACAGUGAGUCAGGUGGUGAGCUCAUCGAGAGGGAAGGCAAGAAGUACAAACUAUUCUAUGGAAUGAGUUCUGAAAUGGCCAUGAAGAAGUAUGCUGGUGGUGAGGCAGAGUACAGAACCUCAGAGGGAAAGACAGUGGAAGUCCCCUUUAAAGGGGAUGUGGAACAUACCAUCCGUGACAUCCUAGGAGGGAUCCGAUCUACAUGCACCUCUGUGGGAGCAGCUAAGCUAAAGAAGUUGAGCCAGAGAACUACCUUCAUCCGAGUCACCCAGCAGGUGAAUCCAAUCUUCAGUGAUGCACGCUAG